AUGCAGACUGGAAAAUAAUAGCAGAAAUAUUUAGCAAAUAUUGCUGUGCAGCUAAAUGGAUCUCCCCUGCCCAGAGUGGAUGAAACAUGUUGAAGAAAAAUGGACUCGACUAGGAUCUGCGAAAAGAGAGAGCUUUUCUCUCUUGGCUGACAUAGACGAGAUAUACCGCUACGGACAGUCACAAGUAAAGCAAGAUGAUGUUGAAGUUUUGUUACGAAUUUCUGAGAGGUACGAUGGGAAUAAAUGUGCAGAAUCUGCAACUAGGUGUAGGGAGCAAGGUAACCGUAGCUUUAAACUGAAGGACUACAAGUCUGCUGCACUAUAUUACUCUAAGGGUGUGAGUUAUGCUGGAAAUAAAACAGAACAGCUGUCUUUAUGCUAUGCCAAUCGCUCAGCUGCCCUCUUCCACCUUGGCCUCUACAAAGAAUGCCUGGAGGACAUCCAAAGGGCUUUGGACGAAGGCUAUCCUAGUCGCCUGCAGUGCAAACUCACAAACAGGCACACACAGUGUGUGAAUAAGCUUCAAAAGCAUGAACUGUGUAACGCAUCAUCGCUGAAGCAGCAUACACCACAGACUGAUGAGAAGAAGAAUAGUAUUACCGAACUGUCAGCUGCCGUGUCUGUACACUUCACACCUGAGAAAGGUCGCCACUUGCUGGUAGCAGAGAAUAAGUCUGCCGGAGAAGUAGUGGUUGAGGACGAGGCUUUCAGCCUUGUUCUUAUACCUAGUGAUGAACAGCACAUGAAGGCCCACGUAUUCGGAACACAACACAUACAUUGCCAUCACUGCCUGCUUCAAACAUUGAGCCCUGUGCCGUGUCAAGACUGCAGCUAUGCCUGCUACUGUGGACCUACAUGCAGGAGGGAGGCAUGGAGGCAGUACCACCGCUGGGAGUGCCCAUCUGGCUCGCAGCUGCUUACCCUGGGGGUGUUGGCACAUCUGGCCUUGCGAGUGGCAUUAAAGGCUGGGCUGAAGGAGGUCCAAAGGGCAAGAGAGAGUCAUAACAACAGUGAGGCAAGCAACAGUGAAUCUGGCUCCUGUGGAGAAAGUUAUCUGGGCUCACUGUCUGAGCAGAGUAAAGGAGUCUCUCCAGUGUCAAGAUGUUCCGAGUGUUCUGAGCAUUCAAGUUGCUAUCAUGGCAGAUUGUACUUGGGCAUCUAUAGCUUAUUACCACAUGUGCUUCAACACCCCCCCAGCUUACGCUUCCUGUUGGCUCUCACCAUGGCAACGCUCUGUCAGAGUAUGAAAGACGUGGGACCAGAAACAUGGUCAUGUAAUGAACAGGAAGGAGGAAACAGACACGAGUGGCCUGACCAGAGCAUGCUGGGAGCUGUAGCUCUGAGACACAUGAUGCAACUGCGAUGUAAUGCUCAGGCUGUGACAGCAAUCAGAGAUAAAGAGGACAGCAGUCUAGCAGUGCAGUCCAGCAGGGAGGUCCGCCUCGCCACUGCAUUGUUCCCCAUUCUCAGUCUGCUCAACCACUCCUGCUGCCCCAACACGAGCAUCUCUUUCCAUCUGGGUCUCAGUUCGGCCGAGCCAAGUUCUCUGGGUUCCUCUACUCCAGGUGUUGCAGUAAGCAUACGAACGUGUAGAGACGUUGAGGCAGGACAGGAGCUGUUGCACUGCUAUGGCCCUCACUAUAGCAGGAUGGAUGUUAGGAAGCGACAGCACCUCCUGCUGGAGCAGUACUUCUUCCAGUGCCACUGUGACACUUGUGCUCUGGAGCUGGCUGAUGGAACUGGUACAUUACCAUCAGCAUUCAGCAAGCUCAGGUGUGAAAGCUGUGGAAGCUCUCUUCAGAUGGGUACAGAUACAGAUGUGCAUGUAUGCUCACAGUCAUCCUGUCCUCGUCGAACCACAAAUACAGAAAUGCAGAGAAAGCUUCAGGCCCUACGGCAGCUCUUAGACCAAGCUUUGGAACUCAUGGAGAAGCAGAGAGCAGAUGGGGCAUUGCAGAUGUUACAGGAAGCAACCAGUCACGCAGACCACUUCUUAAUGAAGACUCACCCCCUGCAAGGGGAGCUGGCUGAUGCAACUGCACGUGCAUAUGCCUCCUCAGGGGACUGGAGACAAGCUGCAUGGCAUUUGAAACGCAGUCUUGCUGCUGUUCGUUCCCAGUACGGGGAGGACAGUUUGGAGCUGGGACGGCAGCUCUUUAAAUUGACACAGUUGCAUUUUAAUGGGCCCAGGUGAAAAUCCUUCUGGAGUGCUACUCAUUAUGCAGGCUUUUAUGUAGGAGGCACACAGAUCCAAUGCUGAGGAUCAGUUGAACAUGGAUGUAUUAAAUCCUGCUAGACUGUGGCAAGAUUGCCUAUCCCUGCAGUGGGCCAUAAGGAAGAAUAUGAGUUCAUCUAUUUCAUUUUGCUAUCUUUUGUAUACUGUACUCUAACUACCCAGAGCCUGUUUUCCUAGACAUGUCAUAGUGUCUGUUUAAGAGGGUACAUAGUGAUAGAAAUUUUUUAUUUUUUUUUUGCGCCAUAUUUUGUGCUAUGGAUCCUUUGGGAAAACAGAACUUUGCCACUACCUGAGUAUCUGAUAUAGUGGUAUUGCUACACACCCCCACUCCCAAAAUAGAAAUGGAGCAGAAAACAGUGUAUUCAGUAGGAAAAUCCAAUUAUCCAGAAUGCAUGUGUUAUGCAUUCUUAGCAGAGUAAAUCUUACAUUAGUCAGUGAAUACUUCCUGUGGCAUACACACUGCUGGUCCCUUACAGUUUGUCACAUUGUACAUUAAAUGAUGGCAUUUGGCAGUGCUGGUUGGCCCAUCUUGGUGAUUCAGUGUCCUGAUUCGUGCAUGUUAGAGCAGGUUAAAAAAUUCCUGUUAAGGAAGAAGGUCCUUAGAGAUUAAAUUUAAGAUCCACUGACAUAACUCAUAUCAAUUAUUAGGUUUUGCAGGAUGUGGCUUAUAUUUACAGCAUAUAUUUACAGUCAAAACCAAGACUCUAAACAGCUGUACGAUGCUUGGAGUAAAUCUUUCAUGUCUGAAUAAAAGUGUAGAACACUAA